ACUAGAUCAUCUGUCUCAGCCCAUCACGCCACUAGAAGAAGCAGGUUAUAAAGAAGCAAGACAGGUCUAGGUCCUAGUAGAGGUUCAAAGCAUACAAGAUAUGGCUAGUGAUAAAGAUCCAGUAGUAAAACCUGUGGUCAAGAUUGCUUUGGUUGGUUUUGGUCGAGCUGGCCAUAUGCAUUUGUCUAGUAUUCGCUCCAACCAUCGCUGUGUACUGAAGUAUGUUGUUGAGCUAGCUGGAGAAAGAGAGGAAGCAGCGAGACAAGAGCUAGUUGGUCUCAAUAUGGCCGACUCUGUUACUGUCAUAUCAAGUGAUAGGUUUGAUUCAGUAGUCCUUGCUGAUCCUGAUCUUAACGCAGUCAUGAUCACGACACCUACUGAUCAACACGAAGUCUACAUAGCUAAAUCAAUUUCUGCGGGCAAGGCUGUGUUCUGUGAAAAACCGAUCGCUGAAAGCAUUGACACAGUACGAAAGUGUUACGAAGAAGCAGAGAGAGCUAAACUCCCUCUCUUCUGUGCUUUUAAUCGUCGAUUUGAUCCCGCCUUCAACGACCUAAGGGAGAGAGUGAGAGGAGGAGAACUAGGCAAGGUCCAUUGCAUCAGUACAACAUCUCGUGACUCACCCCUCCCCUCGAUGUCUUAUCUGAAGAUCUCUAAUGGAAUGUAUCAUGAUUGUGCUGUUCAUGACAUUGACACUGUCUGUUGGAUAUUAGGGGAGGAGCCUAGCCACGUCUAUGCCCAGGGACACGCCCAGAAGAAAGAGAUAGUGGAUAUCAAUGAUGUGGAUACUGUUGUGAUAGUUUUAACAUUUCCAAGUGGUGUAUUAGCUUCUGUGAAUCUUAGCCGCCACUCGAGCUACGGCUAUGAUCAAAGAAUAGAAGUAUUAGGUGACAAAGGAAUGCUCUCCAUUGUUAAUCCACACAGUCUGCCACUAGUUUCAUCAACUGCUACUGGUAUCAACCUCUCUCCUUACCAGUACUCAUUCCCAGAGCGUUACGAGGCUUCGUACAGAAAUGAACUCCAUCACUUCAUAGACUGUAUCCAAGACCCCAGCCUAGAGAUGAAGGUCAAUGUUAAUGAUACAGUAAGAGCUACUAGGAUAGCUCAGGCCUGUGAGCGCUCAGCAGUUAGUAAGAAAGCUGAGCUAUUGGAGACAUGAUAGUGCUUUAUUUAUGUAGCUGAUGAUGAUUAUUAUUAUUAUUUAAAGUAACAGUUUUCAAAUAAUCUCAUUAGCUCA